AUGGAGCUCAGGGACUGCGUGGAGCUCAGGGACUGCGUGGAGCUCAGGGACUGCGUGGAGCUCAGGGACUGGAUGGAGCUCAGGGACUGCGUGGAGCUCAGGGACUGCGUGGAGCUCAGGGACUGCGUGGAGCUCAGGGACUGCGUGGAGCUCAGGGACUGCGUGGAGCUCAGGGACUGCGUGGAGCUCAGGGACUGGAUGGAGCUCAGGGACUGGGUGGAGCUCAGGGACUGGAUGGAGCUCAGGGACUGGAUGGAGCUCAGGGACUGCGUAGAGCUCAGGGACUGGAUGGAGCUCAGGGACUGGAUGGAGCUCAGGGACUGCGUAGAGCUCAGGGACUGGAUGGAGCUCAGGGACUGCGUAGAGCUCAGGGACUGGAUGGAGGAAAUCAUAGAGUCACAACAGACGUCAUAG